AUGGCAUCGCGAGCUUUUCGGCAAGCUCACAGCCAGUCGGUUCCGCCAGUCGAAUGCGAAGAUAAUGUAGUGUCUGACAAGCUUAAGCAAAAUGAACGCGAGCGACUUGAAAUCGAGAGACUGGAAUCGCGCAUUGCCGAGCAGACUCCAGCCCGCGGCUCACAGCUGGGUGAAGCCGCUUCCUUUGACCUGUUUGCUCUGUCCGAGGCGUCGCGACGUGGUUUAAGGAGCUGUGGAUUUUCUGCACCUACAAAAAUCCAGAUUGGUGCAUUGCCCCAUGCGCUGGCAGGACGCGAUGUUCUGGCGGCAGCUAAAACGGGCUCGGGCAAGACGCUAGCCUUCCUUCUGCCGGUACUUGAGAAACUUUUUCGCCUUCGCUGGAGUGUUGAAGACGGACUUGGAGCACUUAUUAUUUCGCCUACACGUGAGCUGGCACUACAAAUAUUUGAAGUGUUGCGUAAUGUAGGUAAGGCGCACACCUUCUCGGCAGGUCUAGUUAUUGGCGGCAAGAAUUUUCGUGAGGAACAGCUUCGGCUUAUUCGGAUGAAUCUACUAGUAUGCACACCUGGCAGACUGCUGCAGCAUAUGGAACAGACGCCUGCAUUUGACUCUAGCAAUUUGCAGGUGUUGGUAUUGGACGAAGCAGACCGAAUUCUUGAUUUGGGCUUUCAAAAGCAGCUAACGGCUAUUUUGGAACACUUGCCACCAGCAGGAGAGCGACAGACGAUGCUUUUUUCAGCUACACAGACCAAAUCUGUUAAAGAUUUGGCGGCGCUGAGUCUGCGCCAACCUGAGUAUGUGGCCGUGCACGAACACUCUGCCAAUGCCACGCCUAAGGGCCUCCAACAAAGUUACGUAGUCACGCCACUAGAGCGCAAACUGGACGUGCUUUUAUCCUUCAUAAAAUCGCAUCUCAAACAAAAGACGAUUGUAUUCCUGUCCACUUGUCGUCAGGUGCGCUUCAUACACAGCGUCUUUUGCAAGCUACAGCCUGGUAUCCCGCUCUGUGCUUUACAUGGCAAGUACAAGCAAGGUAAGCGUGUUGAGGUAUACUAUGAAUUUCUGAACAAGCCGGCAGCGGUGCUAUUCGCAACGGAUAUUGCUGCCCGAGGUCUAGACUUUCCUCAAGUUGAUUGGGUCUUGCAACUCGACUGUCCCGAAGACGCUGCUAACUACAUUCACCGUGUUGGUCGUACAGCUCGAUAUAACAAGCAGGGGAAAGCCUUGAUGUGUCUUGUACCGUCGGAAGUGGACGGUAUAACGAAGCGCUUAGAGGACGCCAAGGUACCUAUUCGUGAAACGAAGCUUAAUCCAGCAAAAUCUACGAGUUGCCAUCAGAAAGUAGCAUCUGUUGUGGCUGGUGACAAGGAGAUUAAGGCGCUGGCGCAGAAAGCGUUUAUGUCGUAUGUUCGCUCAGUAUAUUUGCAGCCCGAUCGUGAGGUAUUCGAUGCUACUGCUCUGGCUCUGGACGCCUAUGCGGAGUCGUUGGGUCUACCGGGCGCUCCGCGGAUGCCGUUUUUAUCAAAAAUGAAGGACGAGCAUGAAAAAAGAGGAAACGAAGCUUUACGCGAAGAACUUCGUGGAAAGAAGAAUGUCAAUCGGAAGCUGCAGCAACUAAAAGAAAAGAUCAAGGCAGAGAAGGAGCGCAAGCGAUUAGCGCGGCAGCUGGUGGCUCUAAACCCUACAAAUAAGGAGGUGGCCAAGAACAUUAUGGAAAAGAAUGAAAAGGUGGAGGAAGACGACGAAGACGAAGACUCACUGAUGGUUGUCAAACGGGUACAUCACUGGGACGAUGAAUCCGAGCCACUUGAUAAAAACGUGCUUAUCGUAUUCGAUGAGGAUGGCAAUGGUGCCAGAGUAGCAGAUCGUCUUGCAGCGCGUUUUGGCGGCGAGACUGAAUUCGCAGAUGUGGAGCAGCAUGCUAAGGCGUACACGGAGCAGGUAGCUGCUCGUCUCGCCGCCAAGGACGCAGAAGAUCGUCGUUUAGAAAAGGAGCGUGUGCGAGCUAAACACCAUAAAAAGCGCUUGAAAAACAAGGGCGAGCGCGGACACGAGAGCGAAGACGAAGGCGCGUGUCUUGUGGUGGAUUCUGACGACGAAGACAUGAGUGACAAAGAGGUCAACAAUAGCAACGACGAAAUGGCUGACAGUAGUGACGAUGACGACGAUAAUGUUAAAAAGAACAAUAUAGACCGCCAGGCUGUCGCUAGACAGGAAGAAGUAGCAUUGCGCUUGCUACAGUGUCGUUCUGCCAAAUAUCCAAUGCACCGCCGUCAGAGCGGAAUGCGUGAGCCAAAGAAAUCUAAUACGGCGGCAAUGAGUCAUCCGCGUCACCGGCGUAUUCGUGCUGUGGCCAUGAUUCUCGACGAUGUGCUAUACGAUCACUCGAAGCUUUUGUCGCACCUGGCCAUUGAGCGUGGCAUCGCUCAGUUACUGGCAGAGGAUGCAUUUCUCACUGCUGCUGCCGCUUUUGAAGCGCUGCAAACCUUUCGUAACGCAUAUGGCCUUCGAAAACGCUUUCCUCGCUUUGUCGAUAGCCUCGUUCAAUCUAGAUUAUCGCCCAUCCAGGCACAACGCGUCAUUAAAGCUUACUAUGAGAGUAAUGUACCUGAAGCACAAAGCAUAACGCCUUUUCCAGGCGUACGCAAGGCGCUUUUAAAUAUUUUACGGGAUGGAGAAGUGUGCCAAUUAGCCCUUUUGUUGAUUGGCAAACCCGAUGUCCAGCGUGCACGACUGCAAGCGCUCGGAGUCGACGAUUUAUUCCAUCAAAUCGUCCACAUCAAUUCUAACCCGAGCCUGGCUCAGCUUAUAAGCGCUGUGGAACAGCUUGCUAGACAACUGCAAGUACCUCCGUCUGCUGUCAUGUUCGUGGGUCGCAAAGCCUUCUACGAGAUUAAGGCGGCAAAUACUGUUGGAAUGCUAACUGUUCGCAUGCAUUUUGGCAAGUAUGCGAGUGUGAUGCCUACAGAUGAGAUGGAACAAUCAAAUUAUCAAAUUGAGUCAAUUGAGCAGCUUGUGCCGAUUGUUAAGUUGGCGAACCAGCAAAUAUUGCAGCCUAAAAUUGUGGCGAUUGGAGGCGGCACAGGUUUGGCUGUACUGCUAAAAGAAUUGCGUCACUAUCCAGCAGAACUAACUGCUGUCGUCACAGUGUUCGAUUCGGGUCGCCACUCUGGUUCUCUUCGCAAGUGCCUUGGAAUUCUGCCACCCGGAGACAUUCGCAAUUGCCUUGUGGCACUAUCUGACUCGGAUGAGCUCAUGAGCAAGCUGAUGAACUAUCGAUUCCAAGAAAAUUUCAUGGAAGGUUGCAGCUUGGGAAACCUGCUUUUGGCAGCGCUGACAGACUUACAAGGUGGUUUUGACCGUGCAAUCUCUACCAUUUCCGACAUUCUCAAAAUUAAUGGUUCAGUACUACCAGCCACUCUUGAAAGCACUGAGCUGUGCGCCGAGCUCAUGGAUGGUUCUGUUGUUACAUCGGAGGUCAAUGUUCGUAGCCCCUUUAUGCCGGACGAUGAUGCUGAGUCUCGUUCGGAAUUUAAUUUGUCAACAAGCAGCCCGAGCGAGAUGCCAUCGGCAAUGCUCUCGAAGCCCGCAAAAGAAAGAGUUAGAAAAGCACCUAUCAAACGCGUGUACCUACAAAACCAAAACGUUGAGGCUUAUCUGCCAGCGGUCCGUGCGAUCGAGGAUGCCGACAUCAUAAUUCUAAGUCCCGGUGGUUUCUAUACAUCCAUUGUUGCUAAUUUGCUGGUGCCAGGCAUUCGUGAUGCCAUUGUACGAAGUACAGGUGCUACAGUGUACAUCAGCAACGUGACUACGCAGAAUGGUCAGACAGACGGCUAUACCUUGGAAAAAACAUUAGAGGAGCUCUCUAAGUAUCUUGGUGCGAAUGCGAUUGAUUAUGUAAUAGCGAACAACACGAAGCCACCGAAAGAUACCAUUGCACCGUACUUGGAGCGCGGGGAAGAACUUUUGCUGCCUACACCUGGAAUGACAGCAAUGAAGCAUCCUGUGCUGAUUCAAGGCCAGAUUUAUCAAGAAAAUCUGGCAGCUGGUCGUGUUGUGCGCGAGUGGAACAAAACACCUAUGCUCAAGCACAGCGGCAGCCGCGUGGCCGCUAUUCUCUAUUCUAUCAUUGACAAGGAGAUGGCACACCACCGUCAGGAUCAUCAAUCGCAGAUUGGUGCAUCUCGGACAGAACUAAACAAUUUGGAGCAGUCGGUUACUAUAGCGCCUGUCAUAGUUUGCGGGGUGUUGGCAGUCACAAUACUGCUAGCGUCCGUAUUCCAUCGUAGGUGA